GUUCAAACGGACUCGCUCGCCAGAACGUCUUGGAUUCGCGAAAUGCUGUACCCAUCGUUAUAAAAGACAAGUCCAGCCGAUCCAUGCGUGAAUCGUCAAAUGGACAGUUUGCGAAUACGCCUAUCCGUCCUGAUACUCGACCAAGCCGGCGUCCUUCUACCUCGAAACAUGUCAGUCGUGAGGCCAACGGCUAGAUACAUUUGUACCUUGAUCACAAACAAGGCUCAAAGCUCACGCCUAUGCUCAGCUUCGCGUCAGAAGCAGCGCUAUACGUCCCAUGAAGUUCUCCUUGCUCUUGUUAAGACUAUCAGACGAGAACUCCUGGUCGUCAGAGGGAAAACAUUUAUUAGACAAUCAGAAGAUGGCUUGUAGUACACAUGUUGCAAUUAUAGGAUAGCGAGGGCUAGAAAGCGUGCUUGACACAU